AAUGAUUUGCGUAAGGAUUUGGAGAAAACAUGGGAGAAUUUGAAGAAAUGGCUUAUGAGAUGGGAGUCCAAGGAAAUAGCGGACCUCUGCGGGGGCGUGACGUGGCCGUGGACGGGGUACACGGGGGCGGCGAUAGGUGUGAAGGAAAUGUGUAAGGGAGUUGUCGAAAUAGGAUACUUCAUAAAUGGUGUGGAAAUAGAAAGGGUCGGACAGGGGUUUCCUUUGGAUCAUGCAGCGAGAAUUACGGAGAAUAUGGCAGCUGAGGAAAUAUUUAGGCGAUGCAUAGUCGGAUCAGUGGCUUUAACUGAAAUUUAUGGAGAUCAUUGUGGACUGAAGGUCGUCAUAGAGAAGAUUGAAAAUGGAAUGAAUGACAAAUUAACGGGGACGCAUAGGGUUGGAUCAAUGUUCGAUAAAUGUAAAGGAGUGGACCUCCCCGCCUUAAUGGUCGGUAAAUCACUUCUCCAUGGUAGAAUCAAGGAGUGGGCAGCAGUAAAUAGGGGGGGGAAGGGUCCCGCGAGGGUAAGGAGUCCGUGGACCUAUUGGAAACAGGUGUGUCCACCGGUAAAAAAGGAGGAGGAAUUAGCAAAGAAGGAAGCAAGGGAAAAGAAUAAAGAGAAACUGACGCAGUUCAUGGGACUGAACAACGGAAACACUCAAAAUAAUAUUGGUAGUGUGUCUAUAGCGGACGUACUGACAGGAGAUCAGUUCCUUUUGAAGCAGGAUAAAUUGGACGCCGUUCUUCAAUCAGCACUGAAGGAAGGUGAUAAAUUUGACGUAAAUUCCUUGACGCAGAAGUUAACGAAGUCAACUGAAGAAAAAACAGGUAAGUAUAUGGGGGGGGAGGGAGCUUAA